AUUUUGUAGACAUGGAUUUAGGUACGAUUGCAAAACACUCAACAUUACAUGCCAAGCCCAGUGGACUCAUCCUUCAAUACGGGACUGCUGGGUUUCGAGCAGAGGCAGAGCAUCUUGAUCACGUCAUGUUUCGAAUGGGAUUAUUAGCUGUCCUGAGGUCAAAACAGACAAAGUCCACACUAGGAGUCAUGGUGACAGCGUCACACAAUCCCGAGGAAGACAAUGGUGUAAAACUGGUUGAUCCUUUGGGUGAAAUGCUGGCACCAUCCUGGGAGGAACAUGCCACCUGCUUAGCCAAUGCUGAGGAGCAAGAGAUACUGAGGGUGCUCGCUAACAUCCUUGAGAAGGAAGCUGUGGACCUGCAGCAGGAGGCCUUCGUGGUUAUUGGCAGAGACACCAGGCCCAGCAGUGAGAAACUCUCACAAUCUGUAAUAGAUGGCGUGACUGUUUUAGGAGGUCAAGUCCAUGAUUAUGGCUUGUUAACAACACCCCAGUUGCACUACAUGGUGUAUUGUCGAAAUACUGGUGGCCAGUAUGGAAAGGCAACCACAGAAGGUUACUACCAGAAACUCUCUAAGGCUUUUCUGGAACUUACCAAACAGGCUUCCUGCAGUGGAGAUGGCUACAGGUCGCUGAAGGUCGACUGUGCAAAUGGCAUUGGGGCCCUGAAGCUAAGGGAAAUGAAGCACUACUUUUCCCAGGGGCUCUCAGUCCAACUGUUCAACGAUGGGACCAGAGGGAAACUCAAUCACUUAUGUGGGGCCGAUUUCGUGAAAGGUCAUCAGAAACCUCCGCACGGAAUGGAAAUGAAGGCCAAUGAACGAUGCUGUUCCUUGGAUGGAGAUGCAGACAGAAUUGUUUAUUACUACCAUGAUGCAGAUGGUCACUUUCAUCUCAUAGAUGGAGACAAGAUCGCAACGUUAAUUAGCAGUUUCCUCAAAGAGCUCCUGGUGGAGAUUGGAGAAAGUCUGGAUAUUGGUGUUGUACAGACUGCAUAUGCAAAUGGAAGUUCAACACGGUAUCUUGAGGAAGUUAUGAAGGUGCCUGUCUAUUGCACGAAAACGGGUGUAAAACACUUGCACCACAAGGCUCAAGAGUUUGACAUUGGAGUUUACUUUGAAGCCAACGGGCACGGCACUGCACUGUUUAGUACAGCUGUGGAAAUGAAGAUAAAACAAUUAGCAGAAGAAUUGGAAGAUAAGAAGAGAAAAGCUGCUAAGAUGCUUGGAAAUAUCAUUGACUUGUUUAACCAGGCAGCUGGUGACGCUGUUUCUGACAUGCUGGUGAUUGAAGCCAUCUUGGCUCUGAAGGGCCUGACUGUCCAGCAGUGGGAUGCGCUCUACACAGACCUCCCAAACAGACAGCUCAAAGUGAAGGUGGCAGACAGGAAAGUGAUUAGCACGACUGAUGCUGAGAGACGAGCAGUUACACCUCCAGGCCUGCAGGAGGCAAUCGAUGACCUGGUGAAGAAAUACAAGCUUUCCCGAGCUUUUGUCCGGCCCUCUGGCACAGAAGAUGUCGUCCGGGUCUACGCAGAGGCAGACUCCCAAGAAAGUGCAGAUCGUCUUGCAUACGAAGUGAGCUUGGCGGUAUUUCGGCUGGCUGGAGGAAUUGGCGAAAGACCCCAACCAGUUUUCUGAAGACAAUUUUUAUAUUCCUGAGAAGCUGGAUUUUAAAAAAGUUUACAGAACUUUCAACAAUAAUGGCAGUACUAAGACCUUUGUAAUCACAAUGUUUACAGUGCACCUUACUGGACUGUUUUGAGAUUGUUUUUCUUAAACACUACCAGAAUAAUUCUCUAGAAACAGUAAGCCUUAUACUUGUUAAACUUACCUCUAAUUUUAGUCUCACUAAUGUAAAAUACGGGGCUUAAGUACAUGAUUCAAUCACUAACUUUACGGUUGUAUGCAGGGAACAAUUCAAGCAGGCUGUUGGAAAAUGAAAUCUUACUACCAA